AUGUCCUCAGAUAUAAUGCUCUCUGCUCUGGGUCAGCCCUUCAUGCUCGGGAUGCUCUACGAUGCUCGUAAGCACCAACUGAUCCCAGGCUCGAUUAUGUGGGAUGAUGAAACUGUGCAAGCAGAGACGGAAGAGAUCCGUCAGCCCAGCACUAACCUGGACAUUUCUACAUCCGACUCCACUGAAUCCAAGACGUCUCUCCUCGAUGUCGACGCCUCUCUGAAAGCCAGUUUCCUGGGCGGUCUGAUAGAAGUUAAUGGAUCUGCCAAAUACCUGAAUGACCAGAAGAAGUUCAUCAACCAGAGCAGAGUGACCUUUCAGUACAAAGCUACCACUCACGUGAAACAACUGUCUCUGGGUCAUCUUGGCAACAUGGAUCCACAACAGAUGAGUGUGAUUGAGAAGGGCUUUGCAACACACAUUGUCACCAAGAUCCUUUAUGGGGCAAAUGCUUUCUUCGUGUUUGACAGCGAGAAGUUGGACUCGAGCAGCGUGCAGAAAAUGGAGGGCAGCAUGGAAGCUGUCAUCAAUAAGAUCCCCCUCUUCACUGCUGAGGGAAAAGUCAAGAUCGAGCUGACUGAAGAAGAAAAAUCUCUCAUUCAGAAGUUCUCCUGCAAAUUUUAUGGAGACUUCAUUCUUGAAAGCAACCCUGCAACAUUUGUUGAUGCAGUGAAGACCUUUGCAGAGCUGCCGAAGCUGCUGGGAGAACAUGGAGAGAAAACUGUCCCGGUGAAGGUCUGGUUGAUGCCACUGAAGAACAUGUCUCCAGAAGCUCCUGGUCUUCUGACAGAGCUCAGUGUUGGUCUGGUGAGGAGAGUUGAAGAAACUCUGGAAGACGUGAAGCAGAUGGAAACCAGAUGUAAUGAAUCUCUGGUCGAUGGAGUGGGAGAGGAUUUCCCACAGAUUCAAGAAGACCUGCAUCGUUACCAGAAGCUGUGUAAUUACUACACAUCUAAUCUUCAACAGACCCUGGAGAAGAAGCUUCCCUCCAUCCGUGAAGGCAAAGAGGAUGAGAGCUCACUGAGACAACUCUUUGACAGCAGAGACAUGUCACCGUUCAGUCAUGAAAACCUACUCAAGUGGCUGGAGGGUAAAGAGAGAGAAAUCAACGUCAUCAGGUCCUGUGUAGAAAUAAUGGAGGGAGUGAAGUUCGUCCACAAUCAGUCCGAACUGGAUCGAGAAGUUCUCAGUCCAGGUGUUCAACAUACUCUGUGCUUUGUUUUCACCUCUUUGGAAAGUGUUGACCCCUGUCUGGAUGCAAUGGAUCAAUACCUGGAUUCAUUUCAAUCUAAAAGUGCCCAUGAUGUCCCAUGGUACUACUCAGAUGAAGUCCUAACCAGAAUGAGAGAAAAAGCCAGAACCUUCCAUGAUCUCGCCAACAUGCACAAGACUGACUCAAACUUUUGCUUCCUUGUGGUAGCCAUCGAAAAUAAGAAAUACACAGGGGAAAGCAUCUACUACUACAAGGAUGGCCUUCUAGUCACUGAUGAUUUUUCCAAACCAGACUUUCCUCCGGCACAAAUCAGAAACGGAGAUGAUCUGAUCUGGUACACCAGUGAAGAGCGACAGUCCUUCAUCGACAACCUGAAUCUGACCCAGGGGGUCAUGAAGGUCUCACACGGAGGGGAACAGUCUCAUCCUGAAGACCCCAAGAGUUUUGAUCCAUUCUCACUCUUCAUGUCCUGA